UGUCGACUUGAGGGGGCGCUGAAGUUCCCUUUUUAACGCCUGAGAACGCUGAUGCUCCGAUUUCCCAGUCCAUCUGCAGAGAGACUCAAUCGCUGCAUUCGAACUCGCGAUAGACAAGAAACAUCCGGUGCAAGAUAAAGUAACUUUCGCUUCACAAUGUCAGGUUUGGUUCCAGAAAGUUCUGGCGCAGGGUCAAGCAACAAGCGUUUGCAGCAGACCCAAGCCCAGGUCGAUGAGGUGGUGGAUAUUAUGCGAGUGAAUGUGGACAAAGUGUUGGAACGUGACCAGAAGUUAUCUGAACUGGAUGACCGAGCGGAUGCACUCCAGGCCGGAGCGUCCCAGUUCGAGACCAGUGCUGCCAAGCUGAAGAGGAAGUACUGGUGGAAGAACUGCAAGAUGUGGGCCAUCCUAAUAGCUGUCCUACUCAUUAUUGUGGUCAUCAUUAUCAUUUGGUCACAACAGUAAGAGGCAAAAAGAAGAGGAGGAAUGGAGCGAAGAGGAGAUGAGCAACAUCUUUGAGAGCCGUAGAGGCAGAAGUCACAUGAUUAGUGGCUCUUUUUUGCUUUUUUUUUUUUUUGUCUUUGGAAGGGGACUGGGUCUUCAUUCCUUAUCCUGAAUGUGUGGCGGCAUGUGCCUCAGUAAAAGAUACGGGCUGCCAACAAGCCCUACUUAUGGAGUGCCACAUACCAAAGACACAAUAACAGAUCAGUAGCUAAUUGAAUUAAAACUCAACCAGUGUCACAUGGGGGGAAACAAAAAUGAUGCCUCUUCUCCAGUCCUUUUUGUAACUUAUAUCAAAAUAUACUCCAAUUGUCCUUCAAUAUGAUGAGAAAUAUGAUGUAUAGUUGUGAACUCCUCUUGUAUUUUUUUUCCUGUUUAACCAGCCAAUGAAGUGUGUGUGCCAAUCUGAGAUAUGACAUUAGAAAUACUUAACAUUUUCUUUGAAACUGAAUUGUGUCUACCACUGAGGUGAUUUCAGAACUUUUCAAUGCAGUAAGGGUACUGACUACUCUUUUACUUCUUCCUGACUUCAAAAUACACAGAACUGUUCAAUUGUAUCGUUAUGAGACCCAAAGCCUUAACUUAUUUAUACAUGUCAGAGUCCUUACGUACUUCUGAUUUGCAGACAUCGAUUGUUAGAUAGACAGAAGAUUAUAUGCAAUUCCUUUAGGGAAAUUUAAAUUGUGAGAUUUAAUUGUGAAUAUACAAAAACAAAAUUGAUCACCUCAUGUAAAAGUCAAUUUAGGAGGGGCCUUUCAUGGUCAUGCAUGUCUCAAGCAGGGAUGGGAAACCCGUGUCCACAAUAGCUGACCAAUUCUAAAAACCUCAACCUUGUUCUAGAAGGCAAGGUAAUUGUAAUUUGUUAACUUUCAACAUUUGGCCUAUAAAUGGCCGCACUCCAUAAUAAACACAUUAUUUAUUGUGGCCCUUGAAGGACUGUAGAAUCUGAAAUGGAUCCUGGUGGGAACAUUUUUGGCCACCCUUGCACUUUAGUGUCAGGCCAACAGGCUGAUAAACCAUAAAUGUCAGUCUAAAUGUGGACACUUCUUCCACACAGUGAUAAUUAUAUAUAUAUGCAUGGAAUCAGUUGUGCCUUCUGCAUCCCCAUCCUCUGCUGGUCACUUGCCAAAUUACUUCCUUUAGUGUAUACACUUAUGUAUCCUAGCUGAAUCUAGUGCACACAUUUUUUUAAGCUUAAGAUUUCACAGCUAAUGUAUGUAGAACUAAUCGUGUGUGUGUGUGUGUGUGUGUGUUCACAGCUGCUGAACACUGUAGCUGCUGGAAUUUUAAAAAAUAUUUUAAGACAGGGGUGUCAAACUCAUUUUUAUUGUGGGCCGCAUUGCAGUUACGGUUUCCCUCAGAGCGCCGUUAUGACUGAAACCAUAAAAAUCUUGAUUUGCCUCAUCGUUUUUACACAUGAAAUUUUUUCUAGUUUUAGAAUCAGAAAUCAAGGGUAAUUGUUUUUCAAGUAUUGUUGAUAUUUUGUAAUACAAAAAUGCUUACAAUAUCUGCCUUAUUUAUGAUAUGACAAUUAGAUUUUUUAUUUUUUUUUUUGGUACAUAUUUUUAACAAGAACCAUGGAAGUUGACACCCAUGAUUUGCCUUUGUGGUCCCCAUGAAAUUAUGUGGCGGGCCGGAUCUGGCCCCCCGGCCCUUGAGUUUGACACCUGUGGUUUAAGGGAGUGACAGUGUAAGAAUUCCAUGUAUUGUGCCAACACUGGAUGAUUGCAUACCCUACUGUUGCUUCUGUCUUAUUAAAAUGCUUAAAUCGUG